AUGCCACGUACCAAGCGACCCACACGAAAUGUUGAGAAAACGGCUGAAGAUGACGAUACUUUGAAAAAGUUAAACAAAUUAGUAAGUGAUUUCAAAAAUAAAGUAGACUCCCGAGCAAACAUGGAGCUUCGCAACGUUGAACUGGCUUUCAAAAUAUUAUUAGGCUCUUUCAGCGCCAAUUACUUACAGAAAACUGUGGGACAGUUGAAGACAGAAUUGCAUUUCAAAGAUACAACUACGCUUUCGAGUAGAUCAGAGUCUCAUGAUGAUGGGUACCUCACGGAGAAUUCAUCUCAAGGUUCGGGCGAGCGACAUGCUAAGAAAACAUUCCUCGUUCCCCCGUCCUCAGUCCGUGCUCGUCGCUCGAGGUCAGCGGACGCGUCGUGUCGCUCCGUGCGCCCCCCGGCCACCUCCGGCCGCUCUACCAGCGCCGCCCGGCGUCGCUCGCGCUCCGUGUACCGCACGCCCGCAUAUAAUAAGAACGCUGCUCUCAACUACCCUCCUAUAACGCCAAAAGUGGACCCUCAGACUCCGCUGACCGUCCUCCGCCAGCCUCGUCAGGGUGAGAUGGUGGUGUCUAUGUCCGGAUCACCCGUCAUGGUGCCCGCCUGCUACUCUAUGCAGCCAUCUGAGAAGGCGACCUGCAACAUUCUUCUUCGUGAUGGCACCACACUGUCCCUGCAGCCCAAACAACUGAGGCAGUCGCAGGCCUACAUACCCUUCACACUAAUGGACUCCCGAGUACUGGACCAGCUGAGGACACUCAAAGAUAACUUGGACAAGGUGGUGAAGCUCGGGGAGAAGGCUAUAGUGCAGUAG